CACAGUUCUCGCGAGAGUAGCUGCCAGGUAGGAGCUCACCUGGCCGGAGCCGCUGCGAGGGUUAGGGUUCCUCUCAGGUUCCAGUUGUGGAGGAUUGUGCUCCGGAGGAUCCAGCUCUGCGACCUCAGACUCCAGGCUCAUGUCCCCCCCCCUCCUCUCCUGGACGCCGCCCCCCCUCCGGCUGAUGCUGCUGCUGCUCGCCGUCCUGCUGCUGUCCUCAGGGGUCCAUGGACAAGGUCGCCUGAAGCUGACGGUGGUCUCCGAGGACCGGCUGCAGAUGAAGUGGAAAGAGGCCGACGGACCCGUCCAGGGAUACAAGGUCCGGGUCCGAGCAGUUUCAGAACUCCCCCAGCCGGAGCUGAUGCUGACCACCCUGCGGGGCCGGGCCACCGUGGCGGGUCUGGACUCCAGCCAGGAGUACUGGCUGCAGGUGUUCGUGCUGAACGGAACCACGGAGAAGCUGCUGGCCAAACGCCGCUUCACCAUGGCCGUCCUGCGGCAGGAGGAGAUGAUCCGCAGCGGCAGCCGGGACCAGAAGAAGAAGGUCCUGCCGGGGGGGUCGGGGUCCGGGGACCCGGAGGAGACGGAGACCCUGCUGGAACCGACGGUGCUGUACCCGGAUCACACGACCACCACCGCUGCUGCAGACCCCCCCACCGAGGAAACCCCCUUCCAGCUGGAGGACAGGACCAGGAAGGACAAGAGGAAGAGGAAGAAGGAGAGAGAGGGGGGGAAGGAGGAGAAGGAGGAGGAGAAACCCCAGAGGACCCCGGCCCCGACUCGGACCGAUACAGGGGCGUCUCCACGGCGACCGUACGAGUGCCGCAGCGACGCGGCGGCCGACGUCGUGCUGCUGGUGGACGGAUCCUGGAGCAUCGGACGCACCAACUUCAGGCGGGUCCGGGACUUCCUGGAGGGGCUGGUGACGCCGUUCCGCAUCGGGCCGGACCACGUCCAGAUCGGUCUGACCCAGUACAGCGGAGACCCGCGGACCGAGUGGCAGCUCGGAAACUUCAGCAGCAAAGAGCAGCUGCUGGAGGCCGUGAGGAGCUUCAGAUACAAGGGAGGGAACACCUUCACAGGACAGGCGCUGAUCCACGUCAUGCAGCAGAACCUGCAGGCUGAAGGAGGAGCCAGACCCGACACGCCGUCGUUCCUGGUCCUGCUGACCGACGGGAAAUCUCAGGACGACGCCAUCGGCGCGGCCAGCCGCCUGAAGAACGCCGGCGUGGAGAUCAUCGCAGUAGGCGUGAAGAACGCGGACGAGGCCGAGCUGCGUCAGGUUGCCUCCGAGCCGCUGGACCUGAACGUCUACAACGUCAACGACUUCCCUCUGCUGAGCCGGCUGGUGGGACGGCUGGUGCACAUCCUGUGUGGGAAGAUCCAGGACCGCGGAAAACGUCCGGCCCCGGCCCCCACCCCGGACCCCGCCCUCUCCUACCCCAGUCCCUCGGACCUGCGGUUCUCCCGGCUCGGGUCCAGGGAGGUGACGCUGCACUGGACCAACCCGCCCAAGCCCGUGCAGCAGUACCGGGUCGUGUUCCACAGCGCCGAGGGCCAGAGUCCGCAGGAGGUGGUCCUGGCCGGGUCCGAGUCCUCGGUGCGGCUGGACGGCCUCUCGUCCCAGACGCUCUACCACGUCUCCAUCUUCCCCGUGUUCUCCGCCAACGUGGGCGUGGCGCUGCGCGGAACCGUCACCACACUGCCGCUGGCCGUGCCGGCCGACCUGGCCGUGGUUCCUUCGUCCUACGGCUCUCUGAGCGUCAGCUGGAGCUCUGCCCCCGGGGCCGACCAGUACCUGGUCCUGUACUCGGCGCUGAGCCACGGGGAGCCCGACGACGCCAAGGAGGACAAGUUCGGGCCGGACCAGACCCGGGUGGAGCUGGACGGGCUGCUGCCGGAGACCGACUACUCCGUCACGCUGUACGCCCUGUACGACGAUGACCCCAGUGACCCCGUCACCGCCGUGGCCACCACAUUACCUCUGCCGGCGCCGCUGGGGCUGCAGUUCCCUGUGGUUUCCCACAGCGUGAUGCGGGUCAGCUGGACUCCCGGCGCCGCCGACGUGCCGGGUCACCGGAUCACCUACAGCACCAACCACGGCAGCGACGUCAAGCAGGUGGAGGUGACGGGGCUGAACUCGGCGCUGGUCCAGAACCUCUCGUCCCUGUCCAGAUACCUGGUGUCGGUCCAGUCCCACUACCCAGAAGGCCUUUCUGCAGCCGUCACCAACAACGUGACCACACUCAAGGUUCCGUCUCCGUCCGACCUGAGAGUCACCAACUUCUCCGGCGGUGACAUCACCGUCCGCUGGGCGGCGGCGGCCGACGACGUCGACUUCUACCUCAUCAAGUGGAUCUCACUGGGCGGGGGAGAUCUGAGACAGCUGCGGGUGGGCGGCGACGGCGAGGGAGCGACUCUGGAGGGCGUGGAGGACGAGAAGGAGUACCAGAUCUCUCUGUCGGCGCUCUACGGGGACGGAGCUCAGAGCGAAGCCGUGGCGACGCGAUACAGCACCCUGUCGGGCGGAGGACCGUCCAGCAUCACGGUUUCCGAGGAGACGCCGGUCAGCCUGCUGGUCAGCUGGGUUCCUCCCAACGCUCACGUCCUGCAGUACCGAGUGUCGUACACGGCGCUGACCGGAGCCGAGGCCCAGGACAGCAUGGUGGUGGUACCAGGAGGCCGCCAGCAGGUGGCGCUGCAGGCGCUGCAGCCGGAUACCCGCUACAGCAUCCUGGUCACCGCCGAGUACCGGAACAGGGAGGGAGGCAGCGGCUCGGCUCAAGGGAAAACCACCAGCCUGCGGGUCAGCAGCGUCAGCGUGGUCCGGUCCGACCACUCCAGCAUCUGUGUGUCCUGGAGACCCGUCUCUGCCGUGGACGGAUACCGCCUCGUCAUCCAGGGGGUCAAAGACAAGCUGGUGAAGCAGGAAGUGGUGGACGAGUCCAGCAGCAGCUUCUGCUUCAGCGACCUGCAGCCGGAGACUCUGUACCGCAUCAGCGUUCACUCCCUGCUGGGGUCAGCAGAGGGCGCCGCCGUGUCCAUCCUACACCCCACAGCCACGGCUCCGGCCAGGUCUUCCCUGCACCCGAACCUUUACCCCAUCCACAACGAAGUCUGUCCCGAGGUGAAGAUCAGGAACAGCCUGGUGAAAGGGUUCGACAUGAUGGAGGCCUUCGGCCUGACGCCCAGCGCUCACUCGUCGGUGGACGGCGUGGCGGCCGAGCCCUUCGUCUUCAACGUGCUGCCCACGUACACCGUGUUCAGGGACGUGCAGCUGACGCAGAGUACCAGGUUCAUCCACCCGGCGGGUUUCUCCCCGGAACACACCAUCAGCAUCUCCUUCCGGCUGCUGCAGGACACGCCCCGGGAGGCCUUCGCCCUCUGGCAGCUGACGGACAACGACUUCCAGCCCCGGAUGGGCGUGGUGAUCGACCCCUCCACCAAGCAGCUGCUGUACUUCAGCCUGGACUACCGCGGGGAGGUGCAGGAGCUCACCUUCGACCAGCCGCAGGUGCACCGGCUGUUCUACGGCAGCUUCCACAAGGUGCACCUGUCCGUCAGCCAGGUGGGCGUGGCCCUGUCCGUGGACUGCCAGCAUGUGGGCGAGAGGCCGGCCCGGCCGCUGGGGAACCUGCCCACCGACGGGUUCGAGAUGCUGGGGAAGCUGGUGAAGACCCGCGGGCCCAACAGCGGAUCAGCGCCGUUCCAGCUGCAGUCCUUCGAGAUCGUGUGCAACAUCACGUGGGCGUCGGACGACACCUGCUGCGACCUGCCGGGCCUGAGAGACGAGGAGAGCUGCCCCGCCCCGGCCCACACCUGCACCUGCACCUCCGACGUCCCCGGAGCCGCCGGAGACCCCGGACCAAACGGGAAGCCCGGCCCUCGAGGAGAGAAGGGGGAGAAGGGCGAGCAAGGACAUAAGGGGGAGACGGGACCCCCAGGGAAGCCCGGAUUCGGAGGCGGUCUCGGACCGGUGGGCGGCAUCGGGCCCCGGGGGAUGACGGUGCAGGGCAAAGUGGGUCCACCGGGGGCCAGGGGGGGCAAGGGGGAACCGGGCCGACCCGGACUACAGGGUUUACAGGGAGAUCCGGGUCCGAAGGGGGACGAAGGUUUCCCCGGUUCCAAGGGCAUCAGAGGUCCGGAAGGAAACAUGGGCCCCCCCGGGGAGACGGGCCCCCGGGGUUUCCAGGGAAUGCCGGGACACCCGGGCCCAGGGGCCGACAAGGGCCCCCCAGGACCAGUCGGACCUACGGGUCUGCCGGGAAACAAAGGAGAACGAGGGGAAAAGGGGGAUCAGCAGUCGAUGGCGGCGAUCUACCAGCUGGUCACUCAGGCCUGCGAGCAGCUGAUCCACAAGGAGGUGUUGAAGCUGGACAUGUUCAUCAACGACAUCGGCCGUAAACCGGUUCCCGUGGAGGAGCCCGUGGGCCCCCCAGGAGAGCCGGGGGUACCAGGGGCGAUGGGCCCCCCGGGGGGCCGGGGCACCCAGGGCAAGGUCGGCACCAGGGGCCGGUCCGGGAGGCCUGGCUAUCCCGGAGAGCAGGGACGGAGAGGGUUCCACGGCCAGAAAGGGGAUUCUGGGAAGAAAGCUCAAGGGCCUCCUGGGAUCAAAGGAUUCGCAGGUCUUCCGGGGGAGUCCGUGCUCGGGGCCGCAGGUUCUACAGGAGACGAUGGAAAACCUGGACCUCCGGGGGUCCCCGGGCCUCUGGGUCAGCAGGGCGAGAUCGGACCGCCAGGGGUUUGUGACAGCAGUGGGGGCUGCCAGCCGGGCCCCCCGCUAACAGAUGAUCCUUACUACGGCUAUGAGCCGUGACUGGAGGUCGUCAUGGCGACGGCGGCCGACGGGAGACGACCAUCGUUGUUGGAGCUGAACGACUGACGACGGCACUGAAACCACUGAAGGAACCCGGCGACCCGAGACCCAAGACCGUUGGAACAGGACACAACCCCCCGUCUUCUUCUUCUUCCCUUUAACACCUGCAGACGCGGGUUCAGGAGCUGAUACCAGGGUAACGGUGGCGUCAGUAGAGACGACAUCGUUACUGCAGCCGGACACGAGCUGCUCACACUGGCCACGGUUACAUGAGGUUUUUUAAUUCGGAAUUAAAUAAUUCAGAAUUAAACUAUUUUGCUUCCAGUACAUGGAAAUAGUAAUUCUGAAUUGAGGUUUCCAUGGAAACACGUUUGAUGGUCUUUCUCCAAUUCCUCUCCAGGUCUGGGGGUUGGGAAGGUUCUGAUUGGAUAGGGGGGGGACCGGAAGUUAAACUACCGGAAGAAAAACUAACUUAGCCGCUACAACUUUGAAAAGCUCACCAUUUUUAUGUUUCCUGUUUCCAUCUGUUCUUUUAAUGAUUUCUAUUUAUUAAAUAAAUGGUCUCUGCUCUUGACCAGCGUUUACUGCUGCUGCAUCUUGAAACUUUGUUUCCCAGCGUGGAAUAUAAGAUCAUGGAGACAGACGGGCGAGGGAACGAGCAGAAAGAAAGACCGGGAUUAAUUUAAAGAGGAAUGAGUGGAUACAUGAUCAGGAAUUAUUCUAUUCGGAUUUAAAAUCAGAAUAAACCAGCCACUUACUUCGGAAUUAAGUUUAAUUCGGAAUGGCCAUUUUCAUUCAGAAUUAGGUGUUUACAUGGUAAUUUUUACUAAUUUUAAAUCAGAUUUAAUUUUAAUUCUGAAUUAAAGAGGAAUUAAACUUCCCAUGUAAACACACUCACUGUGAAGUAAAUCUGCCGGACAAACCCAGCCUCAAACCGGAGGACUGCAGCAGUCAGAGGUCCCUCAUGGAUCUGUCCUGGGACCCCGUCUUUACACCUCAAACUGGCCGGAUGGCCGACGAUUCAGUCAGCGUCCAAUCAGACGGAGGAUGGUUUCAUUGGUGCGGGUCACGAGAGUGAAGAAGAACUUUAAAUCCACUCUAGAAAUACUCCUUCUGACCACACGGGGGUGUAACGGUCCGACUAGUCCGGUGGAAACACCUCGUCCCACUACAGGUUUCACGUUGUCGUCCCCGGCACCAAUAUUUAAAAAUAAAGAGGUUCAAAUUGAAAGUUACCUGACGCGGUUCCAGUUGCCGAAAAGGCUCUUGGCCGCCCCCUGGUGGCAGCAGCGAGGCUAGCAGGAUCUCUGAUGAUGACUGUCUUUGGUCCACCCAGAACUAAAGUUGCUUUCGUCAACGAAAAUUAUGACUAAAUAUCGUCGUCAACAAACCUUUAUCACAGACGAGACGCAACGAAAAUGCUGGUCAUGUGACGAUAACGAUAAUUAAAUAUAUAAUGCAAAUAUCGUAGAGGAAUAAAAACGAGACUAAAAUGUAGAUUACAAAUUCAAAACUCUGCUAAAAUGUGUCGUCAUUUUCGUUGAUCAAAAACAAGACGAAAUGUUCUAACAAAGAUGCUUAAUAUACAAGUUUUUUCCUCUCGUUUAGUCUUUAAACCAGUUUAGUCUUCACUUUCCUACAUAGACGUGGAAAAGAAAAUCCAAUGUGUCGUCAAAAAAGAAAAAGACUGGGAGAAAUGCGGAAAAAUAAAUAUGUUGUAAACUCAAAUUAGAGACUUCUGUAUCUGGAAUGAAUGUAUUGAGUCUAUAAGGUAACAAUAAUAUAAUAAUAAGAUAACCUUGUUUGAAUUGUAAAAUGGGUUUGGCUAAAUACAAUCUUUGACUAAAACUAGACUAAAAUGGACAAUUCUGACUAAAAUAAGACUAAAAUGCUCAGACUUUUAGUCGACGGAAACUUGACACGACUAAAAGGAGAAUGAACGAGACUAGAAACUAAUAAAAACUAAAAUGAUAGCUGGACCCAAAGACUAGACUAAAACUAAAACUGAAACAGGCUGACAGAAACAACACUAGCCAGAACUAGGACCUGCCAAAAAAACAUCUUAAUGACUUUAUUUACAGCUCAAAAGUGAACUUUCAUGGGACAAGCCCCCCCGUGUGGUCGGAGGUGGUUUUGCUACACGGUGGAUUUUAAAUCCCGUUUAUCUCGUCAGCUUCACGUUGGGACCUGCAGCAGAGCUGAAGGAAAGGAGGCCGUCGGCCGUCUGAUUGGACGGCUGGAUCUGAGACCCAGAUUUCUCUGGAGGUGUAAAGACGAGCUCCUACGGAAGAGUAUUAGGGCAAUGCAAGAGAAAAAAAACUUUUUUUUAUUGUGCACUUCGAGAAAAAAGUCGAAAUGUCGAGAAAAAUGUCGAAAUGUGGAGAUCUUUUUUCUCAACAUUUCAACUUUAUUCACGAAAUUUUGACUUUUUUUCUCAACAUUUCGACUUUUUUCUUUAAAUUGUACUUUAACAUUAAUCUCGACUUUUCGACUUUUUUCUCGUCAUUUUGACUUUUUUCUCGACAUUUCGACUUU